AUGGCGUUGAACAUUGUUCUUCAUGAGGACCUUACCAUGCGUGGGGGUGCCCAGAUUUGGCUGGCCGAUUGCGGCAAGCGCUUGUCUGAAGUCGGGCACCACAUCACCUUCAUCCUGCCAGAGGAUUCUCUGAUCCUUCCAGAUGUGGAAGGUUACGCCAAGACGAUAGUGAAGUACACCCACGAAAAGAGUGCCGAGGAUCCCGGGAGUUACCAGGAAGCCUUCACAGAGGUGUUGAAGCCGGCACAGGUGUGUGUCACUCUGGUGCGGCAGAUUCGCAAGAAUUAUCAAAACGUAAGUUUCAUGGCCAAGUGCAUCAAAGAUGCUGGCUUAAAGACGUUCCUUAUCUCCAAGACCGGCACGUUCGAUCCCACCUACAAGAAGGAGUUCUACGGUGGUGAUCUUCUGGAGACGGAGCCCCCACAGUGCUGCACCGUGACCAUCGCCGAGUUUACCCGACAGUCCAUCAUCGAGGCCUUUGGCAUCAAGCCGCAGUUCAUUCAGACCAUCUACAACGGCACAGACACAGAGAAGUUCAAGCGAACACCCGAGAUGGCAGUCGAGGCCAAAAAGAGGUAUCCCAUCGAGGAGGGCAAGUUUGUGGUGGGCAGCAUCGGCCGAUUCGUCGCAGCCAAAGGGCAGAAGGUCCUGCUCCGCGCGGUGAAGAAGCUUGUGGACACAGGAAAGGUGCCCAAUGUCCACGUCCUGAUGGUUGGCGAAGGUGACCUCAAGGAAGACAUCGAGAAGAUGGUAGUCGAUUUAGGCUUGUCCUCAGCGGUGUCCAUCUACCCCUUUACGAAGGAGCCCUUCUACGUCUUCGAGGCUUGCGACUGCAUUGCCUUGGCAUCCUUCUUGGAAGGGCUUCCGAAUGCCCUCUUGGAAGCUCUGGCAAUGGAGAAGCCAUGCGUGGCCUCGCGAAUCUAUGGCAUGCCCGAGGUGGUAGUUGACGGGGAGACGGGCUACUGCUUCGAAGCCGGGAAGGUGGAGGAUGAGGCCACCUGGGAUGCUAUGGCCGAAGGCUGUGCUGAGGCCAUCGCCAAGAUUGCUGCCUUGGAUGACGCAGGGCGGCAAGCCAUGGCAGCGAACGGCAAGAAAUUGGUCUUCGAGGGCCAUGACAAGGCUGCACAGAUGAAGGGAGACUGA